AUGGCGCCCAAGGCCGCAGAGAAGAAGCCGGUGGAGAAGACCCCGGCGGGCAAGAAGCCCAAGGCGGAGAAGAAGGUGCCGGCGUCCAAGGAGGGCGGAGGCGAGAAGAAGGGGAAGAAGAAGGCCAAGAAGAGCGUGGAGACGUACAAGAUCUACAUCUUCAAGGUGCUGAAGCAGGUGCACCCAGACAUCGGCAUCUCCUCCAAGGCCAUGUCCAUCAUGAACUCCUUCAUCAACGACAUCUUCGAGAAGCUCGCCGGCGAGUCUGCCAAGCUCGCGCGAUACAACAAGAAGCCCACCAUCACCUCCCGGGAGAUCCAGACCUCCGUUCGCCUCGUCCUCCCCGGCGAGCUCGCCAAGCACGCCGUCUCCGAGGGCACCAAGGCCGUCACCAAGUUCACCUCCUCCUAG